AUGUGUGCCUCAGCUUGGUGGCUCGCCUCGUGGCCUCCUUUUUCGUGCCUUGCUUUGGCCGAGGGCCGCCUGUCGCCCUUAAUUCAAAGGGGUUCUGGGCCCUUCGCGGCCGCGCAGUGCGAUGACACGGGCGUGGGGAGGCCCCCCGCGUACGGAAAAUCAGGAAGGCGCGCGCCACCGCCAUUUGGCGCCGAUGGAUUUUUGGCGCGCUGGCCGCUUUGGGGCGGCCUCUGUCGCUCUCCCGUGCGUCGAAGCGUUGCCCCGUUGAACGCCUCCUCGCCGAAGGGCCAGCAGGCCUGCUUCGGUUGUAUGACUUGUGGGCGUCUCUGCACAGUAUCACUGACCCGAGUCCAAGCGUUUAUAGCGAGAUCAGUUACGGCCUUCAGCUGGCAUAAGAAAAUAAAGCGUG